CAGACACGGCCAGAGCACUGAUUGAUAUCAGGUAUUGAUGUAACUGGAGUGAAUAAUGGAACCUUCUUCCUGAGCACAGACAAUGGAGCCUGUUAUCAGCAUGAACUCAUAUGUGUUAGACAAUCACUUGAAUAGUUCAUACUCAUCCUUUACUACAGGAAGCAUCAGAAUGAUACCACAGACUCCAAAAGUCUUAGACACUAAUGACUAUUCACAAACAUUGGGGAUAUCAAAACAGAUAUUUAAAGGAGAUGGAGAAUUGUCAGGAACUGGGCAGCAAUCAUUAUAUACAGAGAGUAAUUUAGUCAUCAAACAAGAGGACAACAAUUAUGCCUUAUCUAGUGAAAUGAUUAUCCCAGAGGAUAAACCACACACAUUUACUGAGUGUUCAAAACAUUUAAAAGAAGGGGACAGUCUUAAGUCGAGCCAAAUAAUUCAUACAAAUAAGAAACCUUUCAAAUGUACAGAAUGUGAGAAAAGAUUCACAUGCAAUUUGCAUCUCAUUGAACACCACACAGUUCACACAGUUGUGAAACCUCACACGUGUACAGAAUGUGGGAUAUGUUUCACAUCUAAAGGAAGCCUUAAGUAUCACACAAAGACCCACACAGGGGAGAAACCUUUCACAUGUAAUGAGUGUGGGAGAUGUUUCACAUCCAAGGGAAAUCUCAUAUCUCAUGAAAAGACCCACACAGGGGAGAGACCUUUCACAUGUACAGAGUGUGGAAAAAGUUUUAGACAAAAGAGCUUUCUGAAAAGCCAUGAAUGGAUUCACACAGGGGAAAAGCCUUUCACAUGUACAGAGUGUGGAAAAAGUUUUACACAAAAGAGUUUUCUGAAAAGCCAUGAAAGGAUUCACACAGGAGAAAAGCCUUUCACAUGUACAGAGUGUGGAAAAAGUUUUACUCAUAGGAGUAAUCUGAAAACUCAUGAAAGGAGUCACACAGGAGAAAACUGUUUCAUAUGUAAUGAGUGUGGAAAAAGUUUUACAGCAAUGAGUAGUCUGAAAACUCAUGAAAUGAUUCACACAGGAGAAAAGCCUUUCACAUGUACAGAGUGUGGAAAAGGUUUUACAGUUAUGAGUAAUCUGAAUAAUCAUGAAAGGAGUCACACAGGAGAAAAGCCUUUCACAUGUACAGAGUGUGGAAAAAGUUUUACUGAUAGGAGUAAUCUGAAAACUCAUGAAAGGAGUCACACAGGAGAAAACUGUUUCAUAUGUAAUGAGUGUGGAAAAAGUUUUACAGCAAUGAGUAGUCUGAAAACUCAUGAAAUGAUUCACACAGGAGAAAAGCCUUUCACAUGUACAGAGUGUGGAAAAGGUUUUACAGUUAUGAGUAAUCUGAAUUAUCAUGAAAUGAGUCACACAGGAGAAAAGCCUUUCACAUGUACAGAGUGUGGGAAAUGUUUUACACAAAAGAGUCAUCUGAAAAGGCAUGAAAGGAUUCACACAGGGGAAAAGCCUUUUACAUGUACAGAGUGUGGGAAAUGUUUUACACAAAUGAGUAAUCUGAAAAGUCAUGAAAGGAUUCACGCAGGGGAAAAGCCUUUUACAUGUACAGAGUGUGGGAAAUGUUUUACACAAAUGAGUAAUCUGAAAAGUCAUGAAAGGAUUCACAAGGGAAGAAACCUUUUGAAUAGUUCAUACCCAUCCUUCACUACAGGAAGCAUCAGAAUGAUACGACAAACUCCAAAAGUCUUAGACACUAAUGACUAUUCACAAACAUUGGGGAUAUCAAAACAGAUAUUUAAAGGAGAUGGAGAAUUGGCUGGAACUGGGCAGCUAUCAUUAUAUACAGAGAGUAAUUUAGUCAUCAAACAAGAGGACAACAUUUAUGACUUACCUAGUGAAAUGAUUAUCCCAGAGGAUAAACCACACACAUUUACUGAGUUUUCAAUACAUUUAAAAGAAGGGGAAAGUCUUAAGUCUAGCCAAAUGAUUCAUACAAAUAAGAAACCUUUCAAAUGUACAGAAUGUGAGAAAAGCUUCACAUGUAAUUUGCAUCUCCUUGAACACCACACAGUUCACACAGUUGUGAACCCUCACAUGUGUACAGAAUGUGGGAGAUGUUUCACAUCUAAAGGAAGCCUUACGCGUCACAAAAAGACCCACACAGGGGAGAAACCUUUCACAUGUAAUGAGUGUGGUAUAUGUUUCACAUCCAAGGGAAAUCUCAUAUCUCAUGAAAAGACCCACACAGGGGAGAAACCUUUCACGUGUACAGAGUGUGGAAAAAGUUUUACACAAAUGAGUCAUCUGAAAAGUCAUGAAAGGAUUCACACAGGAGAAAAGCCUUUCACAUGUACAGAGUGUGGAAAAUGUUUUACAUAUAUGGGUAAUCUGAAAAGUCAUGAAAGGAGUCACACAGGAGAAAAGCCUUUCACAUGUACAGAGUGUGGAAAAUGUUUUACAUAUAUGGGUAAUCUGAAAAGUCAUGAAAGGAGUCACACAGGAGAAAAGCCUUUCACAUGUACAGAGUGUGGGAAAUGUUUUGCAUAUAUGAGUUAUCUGAAUAAUCAUGAAAGGAGUCACACAGGAGAAAAGCCGUUCACAUGUACAGAGUGUGGAAAAAGUUUUACAUAUAUGAGUAAUCUGAAAAUUCAUGAAAUGAUUCACACAGGAGAAAAGCCUUUCACAUGUACAGAGUGUGGAAAAAGUUUUACACGUAAGAGUUAUCUGAAAACUCAUGUAAGAUUUCACACAGGAGAAAAGCCUUUCACGUGUACAGAGUGUGGAAAAAGUUUUGCAGAAAUAAAUGAUCUAAAAACUCAUGAAAGGAGUCACACAGGAGAAAAGCCUUUCACAUGUGCAGAGUGUGGAAAAUGUUUUACAAAAAAGAGUCAUCUGAAAACUCAUGAAAGGAGUCACACAGGGGAAAAGCCUUUCACAUGUGCAGAGUGUGGGAAAUGUUUUACACAAACAAGUCAUCUGAAAACUCAUGAAAGGAGUCACACAGGGGAAAAGCCUUUCACAUGUACAGAGUGUGGAAAAAGUUUUACACAAAAGAAUGAUCUGAGAAAACAUGAAAGGAUUCACAAGGGAAGAAACCUUUCACAUGUUUAGAAAGUGGAAAAAAGGUUUUUAUUAAAAUCAGUUAUCACAAAACACCAAACAUUUACACACAAACAAACUUUAUAUACACAGUUUACAACCCUUUUUACAAUUAUCCUAAAGAGGACAAACUCUCUAAAUAGAAGCAUCAAAAAGGAUCCUAUUGUAAAUAAUACUUUUUAAAUCCCAGUUCUAAAAGCCCCAGAUUGGAAGUGCUCUCCUGUUGUCCUUUGUUCCUCUAUAUAUGUGCACCUCAGCUUCUCUCACAUCAAUGUGAUAGAAUCCAAACAGCACACAGGAAUAUACAAAUCUGUCCUCAUACUGACCAGUUUACAUAACCAUUCACCACCAAAGCACCCCCAGUGUUGUUUAUUAAUAUGCCAGUGUUAGGAGUUGUACGUUUGUUUUACAUAGGGGAGGAAAUAAUUACAUUUACAGAAUAAAGGAGUCUUUAUAUGAAUAGAGUGUUAGAGAAUUAUAUAAACAAGAACAUCAAUCUCAAAUGAUUGACAUCUGGGAGAUAUAUUUAAUGUACACAUCAUGUGGAUAAACCUUUUCUUAUAGCAAUAGAUGCUUAGCAUUGUACAUUUUAUAUACCAGAGGAACUACUGAUGGGAAACUGAUUUUAUUUAAUGAGACACAAUAUUAUUAACUGGUACAUACGUGAUCAUAAUCAGUUUAAUUUAAAUGGCUACU